AUGGACCCUCGAAGCUCCCUCAGGGCUGACCCUGCCGACUCUGAACUUGGUGUGCCAGUUGAGAAGGCCGCCGUGACCCCAGAGGCCGGCGCUGUGCAGUCGGACCCCUUCGGAGAUGAAAGCGAUGCGAGUGUGAAGUAUAAGACGAUGGCCUGGUGGCAAGCUGGAAUGGUCAUGAUUGCAGAGACCAUAUCACUCGGGAUUCUGGCUCUACCCAAAGCUUUGGCAACGUUGGGACUGAUUCCGGGCGUUUUCGCUAUCCUUGCUGUUGGCAUCAUCUCCACUUACACGGGCUACACCAUCGGUACGCUCAAAAGGCACAACAUGCAGCUACAUAGCAUGGCAGAUGCCGGAGACCUCUUGAUGGGACAAUAUGGCCGGCAAAUCCUGGGAAUCUCCCAACUGAUCUAUUACAUUUUCAUCAUGGGGAGCCAUGUGCUGACGUUUUCGAUCAUGAUGAAUGUUCUCACAGACCAUGGCAGCUGCACUUUGUUGUACUCUGCCCUGGGCUUGUUGGUCUCAUUCAUUCUGACUCUCCCACGUCGACUUGAGAAGCUCUCUCACUUGUCAACGAUAAGCUCUAUAAGCAUCGUUGUGGCAGUUCUGGUGACCAUGGUCAGUGUAGUCACUGCCAGAGGAGGUCCAAGUCAGAUACCCCUUUUCUCUCCUCAUCCCCCAUUACAUGAUAUAUGCCUAGCAAUUGCCAACAUUGUCUUUGCAUAUGCUGGCCAUGUGGCCUUCUUGACCAUGUUCUCUGAGUUGCAGGACAUCGACGAUUUCCCUCGGGCAUUGGGUCUGUUGCAACUGACCGAGAUGAUUUUGUACACGACCACUGCCAUUGUCAUUUAUGCAUAUGUGGGCCCAUCCGUCACAUCACCUGCCCUUAAUUCUGCGAGGAGACUCUUUCGAAAGAUCUCCUAUGGUAUUGCCAUUCCAACGAUCGUGAUCGGAGGUGUCGUGAACGCCCACGUGGGAGUGAAAACCAUUUAUGUUCGCAUUUUCCGCGGUACCAAAGCGAUGCAUACCCAGUCAUUCGUGGGUCGAGUGAUUUGGAUGGUCAUCUGUCUCGCUCUGUGGAUCCUGUCCUGGAUCAUCGCGGAGGCCAUUCCUGUUUUCAACGAUGUCCUUGGUCUGGCAAGCUCCUUGUUUGCUACUUGGUUCACCGUUGGUCUGCCAGGGAUGUUCUGGCUGUAUAUCAACCGACAUCGCUGGUUCAUGACCAGGACUCAGAUGGUCUUUUUUUGCCUCAACAUGGGCCUGGUUUUUGUGGCACUGAUCAUUGUAACUUUCAGUCCAUUCUUGCCCCUUCGGAUCUGA